GUCUCUCGCAAAUUGAAAUACUUUCCAAAACCCAAUUGGAAAGGAUAAGAAACAAGGCCACCCGCCUUCCGGUCCUCUUUCUCACUCAACCCAAAAAAACCAUAUAGCCAUGUCAAUCCUUUCCAUUUCAUCACCUUCUUCUUCCUCCGCUCUCUUCCCCAAUGUCUCCUUCUCCUCCAAAUCCUCCUCAUUCCUCACCCCGCCGCUCCAAAUCGCCACCCCAUCGCUCGCCGUCGCAAAAAACCAUAAAAACCAACCGACGGGAAUAACCAUGAGUAUGGAGGCCGGCAUUGGAGUUAUGGCCACGAAGCUCGGCAUGAUGAGCUUCUUCGAGCCCACCGGCAAAGUCGUCCCGGUUACCAUCGUGGGUUUCAAAGAGGGCAACAUCGUCACCCAGGUCAAAACCCAGGCCACCGACGGUUACGACGCCGUCCAAAUCGGGUACCGGCGGGUCCGUGACCGGAAGCUAACGAAGCCCGAAAUGGGUCACCUCCAGAAGGCCGGCUCGAUCCCCCUCCGCCACCUCCAGGAGUUCCGGCUUCAAGACGUCCAAGGGUUCGAGCCGAACCAGAAGCUCUUGUUCGAUGAGCUUUUCAACGAGGGCGACAUUGUCGACGUCUCUGGAACCACAAUCGGAAAGGGGUUUCAGGGAGGAAUCAAGCGGCACAAUUUCAAGCGGGGGCAGAUGACCCACGGGUCCAAGAGCCACAGAGCUCUCGGGUCUAUCGGUGCCGGAACCACGCCGGGGCGGGUUUACAAGGGGAAGAAGAUGCCCGGCAGAAUGGGAGGAACCAAGACCAAGAUUAGGAAGCUGAAGAUUGUGAAGAUCGAUAAGGAGCUCAAUGUUGUGAUGAUCAAAGGCGCUCUGCCUGGUACGCCCGGAAACCUUCUCCGCAUUGCUCCUGCUAAAAUUGUGGGGAAGAACAUUCCCAAGAGUUAGUUUGAUUACCUUUUUUGUUUAAGUGGUUUCGGUUUAGUGAAUUUUUGUAUCGACAUUGACUCGUAUGAAUGUUAGCUAGUGUUUUGUGAA